AUGCCUAGGCCGCGGACAGUGCGAGACCGCGUGGUGUUGGUAGGAUGCAUGCUGCUAGGCAUGUCCGUCUUGGCCCCAUUCAAUGCCCUCAUAUCGUCGAUUGAGUACUUCCACGAUGCGUUCCGUGGCACGCCGCUCGAGCGUGUAUUUAGCAGCGGCAUCAUUACAACAUUUAAUGCGACAGCCGUGGUAUGUGCGCUGCUAGCUACGUUGACAGGGAAUACAAAACGAGCCUCCCCUGUCACACGUAUCCGAUUUACGCUCGUGGCGUGCAUGGUAAUUGACUGUGUGGUCCUACUGACCAUUGCUCUACGCGGAUUGGACCCGCCUGUGCACACAUACAUGUACUACAUGGUGUUAUUAGCUAUUGCGAUGGCUUUUGCGCUCGUCCAAGCCUACUUGCAGAGCGCUACGAUGGUCUUGUGUACACAUUUGGAUACGGAUGGCCAUGUGAUGAGCUAUAUGUUAUUGGGCCAAGCUAUGAAUGGCGUCGUGGGGAGCAUAGUCAACCUCCUAGUUUCGUCUAUGGCGGCAUGGCGUGCAGGUACAGCCGACACGGACGUGGAUACAAGCCGCAAGCAUGCCUUUCAGAACGCGCAGGCGGCGAUUGGUGUGUUUGGCUGGACGUUGCUGCUCCAGCUGAUAACACUCGACCUCUUCGCUCGUAUGCUACGCGUGCCAGUGGUGCAGUCCUGUGUGCGCUCAUGGAUGGGAGAUACACAUCACGAUGCCACAAUGGAGGGCAGCGAUGCGAUGGCAUGGAACCACAUCUUGCGCGUUCAAAAGCGGAUCACGCUAUGGAGUAUGAGCAACUUUAUGCUCUUUGCUUUUACAAUGUUGGUAUACCCAGGCCUCACAUCGCGUGUCCGAACCGUGACAGAGAACCGGUGGCUCGAAAACCCCGGUGUGUUUAUCGCCCUGCACAUCGUCGCGAUGAAUGUGGGCGACUUGGCCGGCCGUCGUCUGCCAUUGCUAUGGCCGCGCCUUCAUAUCCAGCGCCCUUCGCUUGCGUUGGCCUUAUCUGCCCUCCGUGUACUAUUUAUUCCCGCCUAUCUUCUCUGUCAUAUGUGGGCAUCGCAGCCACUCACGCUGCCUGACUCGGUGUUCUUUUUGCUGACUGUAGUGCUGGGCGUGACGACCGGAAGCUGCUCUACCUCCUUCCUCAUAUCUGGGCCAAAGAGUGUCCAAGCAUCCGCACCGGAUGCGAGAGAGCAGACGACACUCUUGGCCUCGUCCGAGUCCGAUGCCGCAGAUCAAGAUACGGCUGUGGCAUCGAUGCUCAUGUCGUUCUGGAUUCUGGCUGGUCUGACGGCCGGUAGUUUCCUUAGUAUUCUCAUGAAUGCCAUCAUAUAG